GGGUUUUUUUUUUAAUUUUUUUUUUAUUUGUUUGGAAAAUUUUCCCGGAAGAUUUUUUUUCUUUUUCCUACAAAAUGACGGUUGAGGUUGUUAACAACGCUGAAGAGACACAGAUUGCCGAAGUUGUUUUGGCUGCUCAAAGUCAAGAUGAAGAACCCAAAAAGAUCGUGAAGUCAGAAGAAGAAGAAGAAGAAUCGAAACCCAGAACAGUUGAGAAAAGCUCUUCUUACAAGGAAGAGAGCAACUUUCUCUCUGAUCUCAAGGAUUUUGAGAAAAAGGCUUUGACUGAGCUUAAAUCCAAACUCGAAGAAGCUAUUCUCGGAAACAAUCUGUACAAGAAAGACGAGCCGAAGAAGAAGAAGAAGAAUGACAAGGCAUUGAAUGAAAAUGCAGAAGAGAAAGAAAACCCAGUGAAGGAAGAGAAAGACAAAGAGGAGGAAAAAGAGAGCACUGAAAAACCUGCUGAAGAAGAGGCUAAAAAGGAGGAGGAAAAACCAAAACCAGAAGAUGAAGAAGAAAAGGAAAAAGAAGGAGAUCAGAAAUCAGUCAAUGUCGAAGAAAAAAGCUCGGAAGUCAUCGUCGUCGACAAGGAAAUCUCACUCUGGGGUGUUCCUCUUUUGCCUAGCAAAGGCUCUGAAGGCACCGAUGUGGUGCUCUUGAAGUUCUUGAGGGCUAGAGAGUUCAAAGUCAAUGAUGCAUUUGAGAUGCUGAAGAAGACCCUUCAAUGGAGGAAGGAUUCCAACAUAGAUUCCAUCUUAAAAGAAGAAUUUUCCAACGAUCUGAGCUCCACCGCUUACGUUAACGGGGUUGAUCGUCAAGGCCAUCCAGUCUGCUACAACAUCUUCGGUGUCUUUGCAAACGAAGAACUCUAUCAGAAGACAUUUGGAACAGAGGAGAAGCGAAGCCAUUUCUUGAGGUGGAGGUGCCAGUUGAUGGAGAAGAGCAUUCAGAAGCUUGAUUUGAAGCCUGGUGGUGCUUCUUCUCUGCUCCAUAUCAAUGACCUCAAAAACUCACCAGGACCUUCCAAGAAGGUUCUCCGGAUUGCCACAAAACAAGCUGUUGAUCUUUUACAGGACAAUUACCCUGAAUUGGUCGCCAAGAAUAUAUUCAUAAAUGUUCCAUUCUGGUUUUACGCUCUCAAUGCCCUCCUAUCUCCUUUCUUGACACAAAGAACAAAGAGCAAAUUUGUUGUUGCUCGCCCAGCAAAGGUCACCGAAACCCUUCUCAAAUACAUUCCAGCUGAGGAAAUCCCAGUUCAGUAUGGUGGUUUCAAGAGGGAGAAUGACAGUGAAUUCUUUGGUGAGGAUGGUGCUGUUUUUGAGAUAUUCAUCAAGGCAGGAUCCACUAAAACCAUUGAGCUUCCUGCGCCUGAGGUUGACUCCACAUUAGUCUGGGAUCUCACCGUUUUGGGUUGGGAAGUUAACUACAAGGAAGAAUUUGUUCCUACAGAUGAAGGAUCUUACACCAUCAUUGUUCAGAAGGGGAAGAAAAUGAGUGCGAGUGAAGGGCCGGUUCGCAACACUUUCAGGAACAAUGAGCCUGGAAAGGUUGUUCUGUCGAUCGAGAAUGUUUCAAGCAAGAAAAAGAGAGUUCUGUAUCGAUACAAGACCAAGCAAAGUUCAUCCUUUUGAGGGAGGAAAAGAAGAAACUUCAUAUUUUGAAAAAGUUUUAUUAUGAUUUGUGAUUUUUCAAUAACUUUGAGGAAGUGGGAGAGAAAGAUGGAUAUAUAUAAUAUAUAGUUGGGAACAUGUUAAUAUUAUAGAUUCUUUUUAUUUUACAUUAAUUCUUACAGGUUGAGAUAAUUGAGUGAGGAUAGAGAAAUUUGAAAGUUACAUUCUUUUUGCAGGAUAUCAGUAUGGUCCCUCCUGUAACUUCAUUUGUUUGUUUUGAAUCUUUUUGCUUUGGUAUUCCCAUUUUGGAGACUUAUAAGAGUGACAUAUUUGUAUCUUUUUUCAUUCAAAGGAAAUUUACUCUCUUUUUA